UUUCCCUUGGUGUUGGAUUGGCAAAGUGUAAUUCCCUGGCAAGGAAGACUCUUGGUUUCUUCAGCUGUGGUUUUAUGUGCAUCAACUCUGUCCCUUUGUGUGUAUGCAUCCACAUGUACACACAGGUAUUCCCAGUUCACUCAAUCAACUUUAUUAUGGUCAAAGACCUGCAUAGGUAAUAAUACAGUAGAAUAGAGUAUUCCCAGUUCAGAUCUCACCUCUGCCAGGAACUCACUAAUGCAGUGGGGUUCCCAAGCUUAAUUCCCCAGGUGUUGUUGGACUACAAGUCCCAUGCCCUUUGGCCAUUGUGGCCGGGGAUGAUGGGAGUUGUAGUCCAGCAACAUCUGGGGACCCAAGACUGGCCUUAAGCACCAUCUCAGUUCCCCAUCUGCAAUUUGGGCAUAAUAAUGCUUGCUUUCCUUCCAGGCUUCUUGUAUUUCAUCGAGAUACUACUUACGAAGCACACUGCAUGCUCAGGAAGCACUGUACAAAUCAUGUUCCACAUUUACCUGCUGGGUAGAAAACACUCAGCCCUGUGUUUUAAAAAUGAAUGCAAUAUUAUUAUCCUCUCAUUUCAGCUGAAAAGCAAACUUAAGUUAUUCUUCCAUAAUUCGGCAGAGUUAGCUGAAGUUUGUCAUAACUUUGACACCACGAGUUGCAGAAUUUCUUCUUCUUGUCCAGAAGCUAGUGGGGUAAGUGAGGGUGUUCUCAUAUUAUGGCUGCAAUCCUUGGCUUUUAUCUGGGAGCAAGUCCCACUGGACUCAAUGGACUUACUUCCAAGUACAUGUGAAAAGGAUAGGGCGGCCAGGUUGUCCACAUGACACAUUCUGAGGAUAGGCACUCUGCAAACUAUGGUGUGUGUAUAUUCCCCGUGAAACAUUUCUUUUGUGAUGCCUGAGAGGACUGCAUAGAAUAUUUAAAGCACCGUAUUUUCUGUUUUUCUGGCUUCCUCUUCAUGUUUAGCAAGUUCCUAGUUCUCUUGACAAAAUGCAGAGCAAGAAUGGGAUUGGAUGAAGCUGUAACCAUCAGGGGCCUCAACUCUCUCCUGGGUUGGUCCCUUUGACCCUACACAUUUCAGCUGGGUUCAGAUUACUUGUAAAUUCAAAAAACGUGGCUUGUUUACCUAAACCAUGGUUUCACAUUAGGUCUGAAUCUAAGCUUUUCCACAAAUCUAGUAUUGUAUGGAUCUGAAACCAUGGUUUGAAGCUGGUUUGCAACCCAGAGUUGGUGCGAACUAGUUUCUCAUUAUGUCUGAAUUUUCAGACAAGUGACUAGACCCCAGUUAGGUCCAUUGCUUUGCCUCAAGAGGCUGCUGCACCAUAGAUAUGGGAAUAGGCUUAUGAAGCUGAGUCCUGAGCAGACGAAAACUAAAAGCAGACCAGAGGCUCUAAACAACAGUUUGCCCUUUAUCAAUCUAGAUGCUCAAACUAUGGAGUGGGUUCUUCUUAGCUACUGUUAGCACAGAACAUGUUAUGUCCGAAUUCAGCCUUAGUCUCCCUUAUGAUAUUUUGCCCAUCCAUCAGUUGUGCUUCCUAGAGAAAAACCAAGAUCUGGAAAGAAACCUCACACUUUGCAGUCAAAACUAAGUUUUAAAUUUGGCUAAGAAGUCUUGUGCUUCUUUGGUACAAGACCUUGAGGCCAUUCUCAUGAGCGUGCGGAACCGGUCUAAAGGAGCCCCGCCCGGUGUUGCUCACUCGUGAGAACCAGCAGGCUCGUGGGUGAGCCCAGUGGGUGCACGGCGGCAAGCCCGCCUAUUUGGCCCCCCACUUAAACUAGCUUAACGGAGCGAGUGCUCCGUUAACCUCUUUUUUUCUGGCCGUGUGUCACACAGAGGACACACUCGGGGAGGGGGUAUCCCAGAAAUACACAGCACACUUGCGCGGUGUAUUUCUGGGGCUCUGUGAGGCAGGGUGCUGCGCAGCGGCACUUCCCUGCGCCCGACCCCCAGAGCUGCGGCCAGCUCGCUGGAGUCACCACUGCUCCUCUGUGUGGGCAGUCUGCCCACCUGGUGACGGGUGAAUAAUCAUCUGUGGGAAGAGCAGGUCAAACCCACUCUCCCCGCAGAUCACCUCUAGGCAUUUCACACUGUUCAUGUGAAGUGUCUCCUUGGAUGCUUUCAGAGCAGAGUUUUAUCCUUCUCAUCAACUACUUGUGGUGAGUUAGACUGGAUGACCUUCUGUGGCAUUUCAUGUAAUUGGAUAAUGAAGUGUCUUGCUGGAUCAGAACAAAGGUCUAUCUAGUCCAUCAUCUUCUUUCCCAGAGUGACCAGCCAAAUGCUUCCAAGAAACCCACAUACAGGAGGGCAUGAAAGCAGAGCCCUCUCUGGUUUGCUCCCACACAACUGAUGUUUAGAGAGACGCUGGAGGGUUCAAUUCAGCUCACAUAUCUUAACUGCCACUGGUGGGCCUUCCCUCUAUGGGAGAAAACCAUAAGAGGAUGGUCCUGCUGAAAAGUUCCCUAAGGGGAAGUGGAUCACACCCCGUCCCCACCCUCCGCGUCUUGUUUUUCAGCUUUUGGUUUUGCAAAAGAACACGCAAUUGGGUGGUGUGAGCAGGAAACAAGCUGCUCUCUCACUGUGUAUUGUCUCUGCUCGGUGGUACCCACAUGCUUGAGAAAAGCAGCAGAGCACAAGAGCCACAGGGGUAGGCAACGGCCACAGGAGACAGAUGCGGCUCUCCUUUUUGCCAGAAGGGAAGGGAUCUGAAGGCCUAGCCAUCUGAUCAUCGGAUUUCAUUCCCUGGGAUAGAUCACAGGGAUGCACUUCUCUUCUUAGUUCCUGAAAUACUGAAUUCCAUAGUGAAACCCCCAAGGCAAUUACGAACUUCCAGAACAUGAUGGAAAUCUUCAAGCAGUGGGUGGCGGACAGCAGGUUCCCCUUUCUGAGCACCGCGUCCCUGGUUGGUGUGGCAGCUUGUCUCUUGGCCCUGUGUACAGUCUGCAGAAGGAGAGACAAAAACAGGACAGCUCCACAGGAUGGCACGGUGCUUAUUGAAGCCUCCCUCUUGAGACAGACAGAGCAUUCUUCGCCGAGGGAAUCUGCCCACAACCGGCACAAACCCCACAGGGUGAACUCCAAGGGAAAGACUCAGCGACCAACCAGUAUUAAUAUCCCCUACUCACUGAACGAAGAUGAUGGGGCCGUGUUGAGCUCCAGCUUCCUCAUCCUUCCUCAGAGAGAUCUGCCUCAGAUCCCACCAGCAGGUCCCCUGUCCCCGGACCAAACUUACUCCAACCUCAGCUUCCUAAAUCCAAAUCAGGAGGUCCUUUAUGAAUCUGUAACGGUGAUAGAAGAUGAAAGGGAAUCAUCCAGCCCAAGAGUAGAGGAUGCUGUCCCUAAGGCCAGAGAGGACCACACUACUGGAGGAGAGUAUGCCCGUGUGCUGAAAGUGAGGAAAAAGGAGAACCAACCUGAGGUGGAGCCUGGGACCUCUCAGGCCACAGCACUGCAAGAACCCUCCAUAUUGGGAGUGGCUUUGACUCCUCGUCAAACCGUGCAGGUAGAAGAAAUGUACUCAGUCGUGUGUAAGGCAAGGAAAAAGAAAGCAAAGGAUUCUGAGGAGCUGAGUGAAGAGAGAAGACCCACAGUGGAGGCCGGCCAAGGAAAUGGCCAGGGGGCAGCUGUGCGUCCGGAAUCAUCAGACGGCCGGGCAGGAUGCCAGUCCUCGCUUUCUGAGCCUUGCUAUGAGUCUGUCAACUGUGAAUCUUGGGUGGGCAUGGUCAGGAAUGGGAAACAAGCCCCAGAACCAGCUUAUGAGCCCAUGGAUAUUCACUGGAAUAAGCCGAAGAGAAGAGGGAAGUCCAAGCUGAACACCCCAACAGAGAAUCUGUACGAAAGCAUCGAGAACAUCGCAUUUCAGUUUCAGAACCGACAUGGGGCAUCAACUUUUGAAAUGUGACUCUGUGGGUUUGGUUCACCUCUUCACGGGAAUGGCCCCUGGUUGCUUGAACGAACGAAUGAAUGAAUGAAUGAAUGAAUGAAUGACAUUGUGAAAUUUACUAAAUGAGAUUCCAUGUCAGCGGUCAGAAAUUGACAAAUACUGAUGGUCACUGCCUGUUAGCUGUCAGAUGCCAUUAAAUGUUGAGUGCUGCAUGUCAGCUAAUGUU